AUGGCAACCAGCAACCGCAAACAAAACCGGAAGGGCGCCGUGGAGGGGAGAAGCCCGUCCGUUGCGUCACUCGAGCCCCCUCCUCCGUCUCCAGGGCAACCCGUGCGCCUCCGCGACCCCCUCACGGCUCCGCGCGCCAGGCGCAGGCGUGAACGUAGGAGGGUCGCGUCCAAUGACGCCGCCCGCGCUUCUCGCGUCUCCGUGGCAACUGGCGGCGGCAGGGAGGCGACUGAGAAGGAUGCCAAUUACACCUCCAGCAUCCCCCAGCAAAACUGGCCUGCGGAAAAUUGCUACCGGCAUUACCCUGGGCACGGUCCUUUGCAACGACGAGCCAUGAUCUGGCAACCCAUUCCUCCCCUUCUCCUCCCCCUCUUCCUCGUGAGGCUUGCCCUACCGCAAACUGCCUGCCAGUUUCAAAUUGUCGUCAAUCGUUUCGAUGCUCUUGGGGGCGACCGAGAGUUGUUCUUUAAGCAGGAGAUCCUUCAGAACCAGCAUGAAAUCUUCAAGGAGCUUCUGGACUCCCCCAUAGACACGGAGGAUAGAAAUGCUCAUUACCUGGGAUUUCCGUACUACCUGAAAGUCAACCUGAGCUGCGCCGGGCAGGACUCAGCAAGAGCUAUUCGAAAGGCUCACUACACCGGACUCAUUCCAAUUGUGGCCGUUGCUUUUGAAGAACCUGUCCACACUGUGCGGCAGAAACCGGAGCAGUUACAGAUUUCAAUGAAGGCUGCUCCAUACAGGAUUUCAGGAAAUUGUGACAGUGAGCUUUGCCAGAUGUGCUGGUACACACCCAUGCCGAUCAUGAAUGGCAGCGUGGUGAUGGCAGUAACAGUGAAGAGUAAUAACCUCGGGUUUCUAGUCAACACCAAGAGGGCCUUCGUGAACAUUAAUGGCUAUGUGAAAGAAACGAACUCUGGCCACGAAUUCAGCAUUGGAGAACAGCUGACCAGUCUGAAAGACUAUGUGUCCCUGAGGGAUGAGUCACGUCCCCUGUGGCAUACUUUCAAGCAAGCCCCUGUGCUUAUCCUUGGUGGCUUUCCCAAACACAAGAUGGUCAUCAUAUCGGACACGGGCUUUGACGAUUUCUUUCCAAUAGAGGUGGCCAUUGACAGCUGCUGGAUUAGUAGCCCGAAGUGCCCCUGGGAAGAAUUCUCUUCCAGCAUCUUCGAUGCUAUCGCCACAGAAAGCACCCUUUUUAUUCGGCAAAACCAGCUGAUCUAUUACUUCACAGGAAAUUACACUGCCUUGUACAUGAACACUUCAGGCUCUGAGCUCUGGACCCGCAUCCUGACCAAACAUUGCGUGAGAAAGUUGAACCCCGUGGCUUUCCCUAAGAACAACACGGAAUUUGUGAUCGCCCUUGGUGGGGGCUCGCAGGAAGGCAAAUUCUUCCUUAUCACGGUGUCAGAUGGGAUUGUGAAGCACGCCGCAUCCAGCAAGAAGUCAGCAUGUUCUGUCCUGGGAACACCAUGCGAACUAAUGUGGACCGUGUUUGACACCGAAUCCAACAAAUUCUUUCUGCUAAUACACACAAAACUUGAAGGCAACGUUUCUUCUUACUACAUUAUGGCUUACUACCGAGCCAAAGAUCAAGGGUUUGUGGUGAUGAUCGGGCAGGAGCAAUAUACAGAUAUCCCCAUGGUACCCCGAGGAAUAUCAUAUAAUCCUUUCAGUUUAAUAUUCUACAUCUGGGGAAACAUGAUAUUGCAAAGUAACGACUUGAAGAAUUACUUGUACCUGUCCAACUUUCGCAGUGAUUCCUCCAUCAAGUAUUUUGUUCAGUCCUAUAUGGGUCCAUAUGCCUGUGUGACGGAUGAUGAACAGGUCUGGAUCUCCCAUGAAGGCAGUUCCAUCAUCAGAAAGAUCUAUCCAACCAGGGCAUAUACGAUGUACAGAAGUCUGCAGUUGAUGAGUGGGUCAAAGAGAUUUGGGCUGCAAGAGUCGCUGGUCAGUUUAUUCUAUGAGAAGUUUCAGCUGAGAGAGCUGGUUUACAUAGAGGAUGCCCUUGGCAAUGGAAAGCUAUUCAAGAGGGCAACCCCGCUGCGGUACAUCCUGACCUACAAUCAUAUAAUCGAGAACCCUCAGCGGUUGUAUCCGUACAAUGGCAAAGACUACAUCAAGUUCUCUCACACCUGCCCGUUUGGCAGGGUGAACAUAGUGGAACUGCCGCCCCCGCAGCGCUACACCCGAGAGGAGUAUUAUCGUACUGAGCCACCCGACAUCAUGGAGAAGACGGGCUUCCAUGACAAGAAGUCUCUGACUGUCUACCAGGGACUGAUCUUCCAGCUGUUGUGGCUACACUCAGCUUACAACAGACCAUACGCAGACCCGGUCCAUGACCCCACAUGGCGCUGGUGGAAGAACAAGGCAGAAAAUAUGCAAUACUAUUCCUACGUGGCAAGCAACCGGAACUCCUCAGGAGGCAUCUAUGUCAACAUGAACAACUACGUCAAGGUCUACAGAGUGAAGGCGAGCAACUUGCUACCUGACACAAUUUACCUGGACAAGAAUAGCGCCUAUAACUUCUCUGUGUUCUUCAACAUCAGAACAAAGAGAGAGAGCUUGGGGGAGACACCAGAAGAAAACUCCCUCAAUUUAGUGUGGCUGACCCUUAUCGUAACCCAUCCUGAGUAUUUGAAUGUGUUGCUGGACAGGAGAGAACUGAUCAGUAGAGGCUCCGUGAUAUAUAAGGUGACGGUUAUGGAUGCUGGUGUUUACCCAAGGCAAGACCUCAGUGGCAAGAAGCUUCUGCAGACUUCAAUGAUCUUUAGUGUACGAAGUUCGGGUCAGCAAUGUUACGGUUAUAUCGACAAUGGACCGGUGGUGAAGGGCUACCGUGUGUUGCCUGUCGUUGUCGGCUGUCCACCAGGCAGAAGGUUGGCCUUCGACAUCACGGGCACUUUGCAGUACACCACCAGGAAGAACAAGCACUACUUUGACUGUGUCAACCCGGACCCUGAGAUGCCCUGCUUCUUCUUUAAUGAUGUGUUCUACCCAUUGUUUUUGAUCCAAGACAUGGUGACAGGAGACUCUGGCCCGUUCCAGGGAAGCUAUAUCUUCAAAAUCAUCGGUGGAGGACCAUAUUCUACGGAGAACAUCCGCUACUUCAGCGAAGAAGAGAUCUUGCUCUACAACACAAAUAAUAACAGCGAAGUGACUGGUCACAUCUGGCUCAGGGAAGACACCACGGAUACCAUCAUGAACGACGAGGGCUUCCAUAUCCUAAGUGGGACCGACUCUGGAAUUCUGUGGGUCUGCCAGGAACGCUCCCCCUGUUAUGACAUCUUGCCCCGAGAUAUGUUGGCUCCUGAUUAUUUCUUCGUGGUCAAAGUGACAAACAGAGGGGUGGACCAAACCACUUACUGUGACUACGCCUUGGAGUUCAUCAUCCACGUCCACGGCCUGCGCCUCAGCCCCACCCGGGCCAUCUUCCUCAUGAAGGUUUCCAUGGGCUCUGUGGCUGGCUUGGUCGUCCUGUAUAUGGUGGCCUACGUCCUGGGUCCCAAGGUCCGUUCCGUCUGCUCCAGAGUUGCUAGGAGGAUUGAAGAAGUGGUGAUUUUGCGGACAGGAUCCAGCAUCACCUUCUCAUCUUCAGCGACCAGCCGAAGUUCCCAUAACUUUCCCAACUUGUCUGAUGUCAGCACCAUCGCCAGUUUUCCAAGUCACACAUACGCACACGCACACGCACAGGGUAAAUAG